UGCGCGCCAAAAAAGCCCAGGCCAACAAACUCCGCUUCACUGCCGGCACUUUGUGGCGUUUUUUGUGGUAAUCAAGGUGUGAAGAUGUCCAAGGUACGAGGUACGAAGAAAGGUGGGAAGAAAGAUGGUGCUGAGACGUGCGAAGUAUUCACGCGGGCUAAGGGAGAGACGCGAAUUUGCUUCCUGGACAAGAGUCUUUUGGAGGUUAAGGAAGGAUGCGAGAGCAACGGCUUGGAUGUGAUUACCCUGAAGAAUCCAUCGUCCCUCAAGGGAUCAAAUUACAUUGUAUCAGCUGAUGGGAAACUUAUCCGGGAAUUGCUGCAGUUCUGUCAGCCCCAUCGUUGCUGGUUUGUGGAUGAAUCCAUCGAGGCUGAUGGGAAUAUCUAUAUGACAACCCCAAUUGAUCCCCUCUUCCUCAUCCUACCCUACCUGGUGGAUGUCUGCAGUGAGAUGGCAUCACCAAUGGAUAGUUUUCUAGUCGAUCAGGACUUCCCGGACAUUUUCCGGCUGCAGAAAAUCCUCACAGAAAAGCAAAUGUUGCGAGUGGCUGAUCAGAAGGGAAAGGGCAUUGUGAAGGGAUUCAAGUACAAUGAAACCAAAACCAUGGACUGGUUGUGCCAGAAAUGCCACAAAGUUGCCAAAGUUCUGAAGGGGAAAAAAAUCUUUGUUGGUCAGGGAGCUGUUUCAGCUACAUUUGUCUCCCCGGACGCCGUUGAUGAGACUGAGGAUGAAAUGAAUUACUUAACAUAUGCCUUUACCAUUGUAUCUGACUACAUUUCCCAGGAUUUGAGCUCUUCCCUGAAAACAAAGCUGGGAAUUGAGGACAAAGUAACAGCUUCUUCGGUGAAGAGAAAGUCCUCCAAGACACUUCAGGACACAGCAGCGGGCAAGAAGAGCAAGACAGACAUCAAGGAUAGCAAGGAGAAUGUUUUUGCAGAUUCAGAUCUCGCACCGCAGGAGAAGACUCCGGAGGUGAAGCUAUCAACAAAGGACAAAGCACGCGCCAAGGCAGCUUCCGGAACAAAGAACAUCAUGUCGUUUUUUAAGAAGAAAUAACUCAUUUUUAUUCCAUUUAGCAUAUUUAUCUUGAAACAUUUUCUUUUCUUUUCUCAAAUAAACAUCUGUUAGUAUCUCAAA